CAGCAAUGGCGGCUGCUAGACGAAGGUGUUUCCCAGAAAAUGUGACACGACGAGGAAAAGAUGUCAUAUGAAACACGUAUGCUACUCAUACCCACAUGCAUUAAUGAGAAGAAUUUGAAGCUUUCUUUAAGUAAAUCGGUGAAUAUUUCCUAACCAUGGCCACCAUUGAGAAGCUCAUCAAGGCCUUUGAGGGCCUGAAAGUCUUCCAGCCUGGUGGCCUGGGCACCGAAGAAACAACUAAAAAAAAGGACCAACCUCCUAGCAAGAAAGACAAGAUGGUCAACUGCAACAUUGUAGCAGACUGUAUAUGUGCUCCUAACAUGAGGUCUAUUGCGGACUUCCCCAAGUUCCUUGGCAUUGCAAUGGAAGCAUUCCUAACUCUGUGUGACGAUCAGGAGUCGGAUAUACGAAUGGUGGCAGAUGAGUGCUUAAAUCGAACAAUAAAGACUCUGUUGGAAACAAACCUGGGUCGCCUGCAGGUGGAGCUGUACAAGGAAAUUAAGAAGUGUGGCCCCUCGCGUAGUCUGAGGGGGGCACUGUGGAGGUUUGCGGACAUGUGCCACUUAAUCAGGCCCCAAAAGUGCAGACCCUACAUCGUCAAUUUACUUCCUUGUUUGGCACGCAUCUGUCGCCGUGACGAUGAAGAGGCAGUCCAGGAGACUUUAUCUUCUUCCAUGCAGAAAAUAUGUCCUGGCCUCAUGGGCUUUGCGAAUGAUACAGAAGUUAAAGGUUUACUGAAAGCAUUCCUACCAAACCUGAAAUCUAACUCUGCCGUGUGUCGACGUACAGCGGCGAGCAGCCUGACUCUCAUCUGCCAAUACUCCCGUUGUCCAAUCACCUUCUUCUCAUAUCUCAUCACCAUUCUCCUUGAGCUAGUGUUGCCAGUGGACGUGGAGCAUGAUGUGUACACACUGCUGGGUGUGAUCUUGUGUAUGCGGACCAUCAUCCCCCAACUGGUACAGUCGGAUACACGGGACCAGGGACUCAAGGGCAGCUUCGGGGUCAUCCAGAAGGAGAAGGAGGAGGGGGUCAACCAUGAUCAGAUUCUCAAGAUGUUCCAGCUACUACUGUUCUACACAAACCACCCUGACCACAACGUUGUGACGGCGGCGCUGGAGGCAAUGCAGCAACUUCUGCGCACCCCGCCGCCCCAGCUCCGCCCUCUUCUGUUGUCAUCAGGCAGCAUCCAGAGAACCCUGAUCUACCAGAAGGACUUUGAGGAGAGGGAGCGCUUCAGGGUAGAAAGUUCAGCGGAGCUGCCAACUAUCUCAGACGACACUGGUCUGGAAGAGGAAGAAGGUUCUGAUGUGACAGGGCAGACAGCAUCAUCAUCUGACACAUCUGCUUUUGUAUCCGACCUUGACCCUGGAUCAGUUGAAGGUCUUAAUAUGCGGAGGUUGUCCGCGGACUCAAGACGAGAGGGCAAAUCUGAAUCCGAUCUGACAGACUUGAUGGCGGGGACAGACGCAACUGUGGUUGUGACAUCAGACAAUGAUUAUUCCAAUGUAGAAAUAGGAGAUUUGAAUGAAGAAAAGUCUGAACGUUCCACAUUAUCACAUAGCAGUAGUGUUGAAACUCUUCUUAGCAUCAAGAGUCUUAGCCCUAAACGGCGACCAUCUUUGAGGAAAGGCGUGAGUCAGGACUUGAAUGGAAACCCAGAGUAUGACCUCUUGGGGGGCUCAGAUACACCGGAGAGGUCGUCUCCCCUUCCCAGUCCUGUACCCCCAGGAAUGAGAGAGGAUGCGGGCAAUGACAUCGGUUCACUGUUAGACGAGGAGCUGCCACUGCUGUACUGUGUUCGGUUAUUGUGUCGGGGGUUCCUGUUGAAUGGAAGUGAGGGGGGCCUUCUCCCAGAUAAAGUUGCCCGAGUGAGCCUCAAGUCACUGGCUCUCAGCUGUGUGGCUUCAGCGUUAUCUCUCUGCCCAAAGAUCUUCCUCUACAAGCUGUUUCCCCAGGACCUGGAGAGUGGUAAUCAACACAUCCGGGAGGUAGUCCUGUAUGCCAGUCACCCUGACCCCCAGCUCAAGGGCACUACGGCCAUGGUGAUUGGAAGCCUCAUCAAGGCCGUCCUCACAGAAGGGAGAGGGGACUUCAAGAAGUGGCUCAAGAAACAUUCCCCAGCUGACAUAGGUGAAGUGUCGCUGGAACGCCUGGUGGAGACCAUAGUCCACAUCAUGUGUGACCAGUCAUCUGUGGCCAUCCGACUGACGCUGAUCGCCCUACAGCUGUGUCUGUCCAAUCUCCUUGAGAGCUGCCAUGGCAAGGUCGGGAUCAGCGUCAUGCUGGAUCUCCUGGAUGUCAAGAAUAACCCGUACUGGCUGGUCAAGGUGGAGCUGCUGGAGCUACUGGGCGGCAUCAACUUCAAGGUGGUGUGCUUCCUGGGCACACUCUGCAAGGAUCACAAGAAGGGCUGCCAUAACUUCCUGGGGAGACUGAAUCUACAGGACCACUAUAUGAGUCAUGUGAUCAUUCCGUUGCUAGGAGACGAAGAUGGCAGAGUCAGACAUGCAGCAUCAAGAACAUUGCUUAGGCUUGUUCCAAAACUUUUCUUUGCUGUUGACAACUGCCAACAAGACCCGGUGACUGCAAUUGCCAGAGAUCUGACCGAUGGUUUGCUGUAUCCGCUGAUGUCAGAGUGGGCGGAGGAGCCACCUCCCCUUGUACAGGGUCUGAUCCCUCCCUACCACUUCUCCCCCACAUUCACCAUCAAGCCCCACCUGGAGAGCAGUCUGUCUAGGGUGGUCCAGCAACUCUUGCAGCAGCUGCACACAGCACAGACCAAACAUCUGACAAGUGGAUGUUGUCAUGCUAUGUGUCUGCUGUCGGAGGAGUACCUCGUGUCCUGCUACGCCUCAUCCUGGGGCUGUGGCCCUGCCACACCGCUUAUUCCCAAAGAUAGCUCUAGUAGAAUUAACAUGAAGAGGCCUCCAAGCCGCUCGCUUAGCUCCUCCAGUACUUUCAGCCUAGAGGAGUUGACAUCGGGGUCUGGGGGUGGUCCCCUGCCUGUUAUCCUGGCCCUGCUGUUAUCGUCACCCUCUGCCCUCGACCUCUCCACGCAUCAGGAUCUCAUCCAGCUGGCCGGGAACCUCCUAGCAGGCUCUGCCUUCAAGACAUUCCGUGGAUCUGACGAGACGGCGAGCCUGGCAGGGUCAGGGGAUGAGGGCAAGUGGGCAGCAGUCAGUGACAGGCUGCUGGUUCCUAUGAUAGAACACCUUCUCAGCCAUGUGGCUAGGGUGCUGAAUGCGUGUGCCCAUGUGAUAGAUGAGCAGGUGCCAGGGCCUCCCCAGAUGAAGCCCUCCCUCCCAUCCCUGCCCAAUGCCCCCUCCCUCAGCCCGGUCAAGCGGAAGGUGAAGGGAGACAAGGAGUCGCAGGGUGGAGCAGGGGCGGGUCAGGCAGGGGAUGCCAAGUCUGACAAGAAAACACCGCAGAAAGACCAGAAGGAGCCUGAGAAGGAGAAAAGCAAGAAGGAUGGACUGGGGAUGUUUUACAGCCUGCCUCAGUAUAUGAAGGUGUACGAGAUGCUCAGGGGAGCUUACUCUAAUUACAAGAUCUCCCUGGACCUGAACAGCUCCGACAAGUUCUGUAACCUGCUGAAGGUGACGCUGGCGGUCUUCUCCCAGAUCCUUGAGAUUGCCACACUCUUUGACAUCGGAAAGUAUGCUGAGGAGUUCCUGGGCUACCUCAAGAGCACUAUGACCAUGGAGCCCACUUUCACAGUGUUGUGUGUCCAACAGCUGUUGAAGGCUCUGUUUGGCACCAACCUUGCCAACCAGUGGGAGAGCCAGCAGAGUGUGUUCCACAGCCGCAAGCCUGGCAAACCCAUGAGGGUCAUGACAGGCCUGAAGCCAGGCAUCUACCAGUGUUGUCUCAACCAGCCCUACUCACUCAUGACCCACUCCUUCGCCGGGGCCUUCCUCCGAGCAGCCAACCAGACGGACCAGGAGGAAUCACAGAGUUCACUGAUGUGGCUGAGGAAGAGAGUUGAGAGGAAAACUCCAGCCAUCCUAAAGCCCGGAAGCAAAGUGGAUAAGUCAGCGAUAGCAUCCUACAUUCGCCUGUUCGAGCCGUUAGUCAUCAAAUCCUUGAAGCAGUACACUGUGACAAGCUCGCUAGAACUCCAGCGCCAAGUCCUUGACCUUCUGGCCCAGCUGGUGCAACUCAGAGUCAACUACUGUCUCCUUGACUCUGACCAAAUCUUCAUUGGUUUUGUACUAAAACAGUUUGAGUUCAUUGAGGAGGGCCAGAUCAGGAACUCUGAGAUGCUGGUGCCACACAUAUUCCAGUUCCUGGUGAUGUUGUCGUACGAGAGGUUCCACAGCAAGUCCAUCAUUGACAUGCCUCGGAUUAUACACCGAUGUGACGGCAUCAUGGCCAGCGGACUACAGCCCACAACGCAUGCUAUCCCAGCUCUGCGCUGCGUGGUGUAUGACCUGUUCCUGCUCCGUGGCAAUAGCAAGUCAGAUGUAGGGAAGGAGCUGGAGACGCAGAGGGAGGUGGUGGUGUCCAUGCUGCUGCGCCUCAUCAACUACUAUCAGGCGCUGGAGAUGUUUGUGAUAGUUCUUCAGCAGUGCCACAGAGAGAGUGAGGACAAGUGGAAGCGGCUAUCUCGACAAGUCAUCGACACUGUACUGCCAGCUCUAGCCAAACAACAGAUCAACAUUGACCGACAGGCUUCACUGGACGUCCUGCACCGGUUGUUUGAGUCAGUGGCGCCAAGCGUCUUCAGACCGGUUGACAUCCUGCUGAAGGGGCUGCUCGGAUCCCCAGGGGACAUUUCAUGUGUCCAGGGCCUGCAGCGCUGGAUGUGUCUGGUGCUGUCCGUCAUGAGAGUGCUGGUCUCACAGUCUAAGGAGGAGGUGGUGUUGUCUCGCCUCGUGGACGUGGGGCUGUCGUUCCCCCUGACGCGGGACGCCGGGGAGAGAGACACCAACAUCGAGGACUACAGCGAUCUGAUCCCAGAGGAGAUAUUUGCAUGGUUCCUGUUGCAAGCAAUAGGCAAGUGUGCAGAAACCCUGAACAAGGAAUCUGUGACCAUCCACUCCUCCGACAACAACCUGCACUUUCUGGUCCAGCAGAUGUGCCACCUCAUCCUGUACAUCACGCACAUGUUCCAGUCCGGGCUGUACCGCCGCGUUGCCACGGCAGCCAUGCGCAUCAUGCAGAUGGACUGUCCUCGCAACGUGUACAGUGUGCGCGAGAUCAACCAGCUGCUGCUGGCGCUCAACACUGUGUACCCAACUCUGACGAUGCUGUGGUGCAACGUCCUCAUCCUACUCAACUUUGACGACCAGAGCAUGUGGAGCCAGGUGAUGCACACACCACAGAAGUACCUCAUGGUCAGCCCUAGUCGCCAGGGCAACAUGGUGGACCUAAAGAAGCGGACGCUGCAGUGUUGUCAGCUGGAGCUGCUGAGACGGGGUGGACUCAUCCUCUUCUGUGACUACGUGUGUGAGAACCUAAAUGAUGCGGAACACAUGACAUGGCUGAUCAUAAACCACGUGUCUGAUCUGAUUGAGCUUUCCGAUGAGUCACCAGUGCAGGAUUUCAUCAGCGCCAUACAUCGCAACUCGGCCGCCAGCAGCCUCUUCAUACAAGCCAUACAUGCAAGAUGUGAAAAUGUCUCCAGGCCCUCACUUGUGAAGAAGACCCUGAAAUGCAUAGAAGCAAUCCAUCUGACGCAGAGUGGAGCGUUACUGACGCUUCUGAUAGACAAGUUUCUCAACACACAUCAGCUGGCUGUCGCGAGGAUGUGCGACACUAUCGCAUGUCGGCGAGUUGAGAUGUUGCUCGCGGAGAACUAUGAGGACAGCAGCAAGCAGUUACCACUUGAGGAUUUAGAGAAGUUACUGCAGUUUAUGAGAUCCAAUGGAUUAAUACAGAGACAUGCCCGCCUUGUCUCCCUCCUCAACAAGUUCCUCAUCCUCCAAUCUCCGGACAACAAACAUGCCAUGUCACCAGAGAAAACUCACCCUCUGGCCUUGACCCCUGAACAGGUCACAAAUAUUGAGGUCAAUAAGGACUUCUACCUGUCGGUGGUGAAGGACCAGUGCUUCCAGAUGGACCCCAACACAAGGGAGUGUGCCUUCCUCCUCCAGCGCCUGGACUACGCUGACAUUCUGUCUAUCACCAUGACAAAGGAGUUCAGUCUGGCAGUGUUAGAGGAGUGUAUAUCGCUGGGCGCGUACCGAACACUUGUGAGAUACAAUCGUGACCGGGAGACUCACACUGAGCAGAAGCUGCCUCCCUCAGAGCCGAGUCUAGACACACUCUUCCAGGCAGCUCAGCUCACUCUGUUCCGCCAUAUUAACAAUAUAAUCAAUCACCUUCCAAUUCCGCAUCAAAACCUGAAUUUUAGACUCUCUCUCAGUGCCAAAGAGAUUCGAUACAUGGAGAGAAUUGAGGAUUUGUUUACGGAUAGUACAUGGUUUGUGAUGAACUUUCAACUGACGUCAGCAUUGACGCAGUAUUUAGUGUCUGUACAGAGGUUUCCAUGGAAACCAGGUGUGCCAGCAGAAUCUCAUGGGGAUGUGUGCCGCUUUAGUGUUCUUUGUAUGGAGAUGUUGAGUUGGCUGCUCCAGCACAACCAGCUGCCGACCACGGAGCAGAUACAAACAUGUCUGGAGUGUGUGUCCCUCGUCCUGCAGAGCCAAGUCUUCUCCUCCGUCAUUGGUCAGACUGAUCACUCCACGUGGGUGUGCACCAUCACGUCCGCACUGUACCAGCUUAUGUCAUCUUUGGUGGUGCUACCAGGGGAGAAGGUGGCUGUGUUGGCUCACCAGGACCGAGAGGAUGACAGCAUGACACAUUCCAGAGAUGAGUCGACCUACCUGAUCCGUGCUUGUGACCAGAUCUCGGAGUUGGUUCACUGUCUACAGACUCGCCUGAAACCAAAGACCCAGACUAGUCUCCCCCUGCCCCCAGUCAUAGCAGCUCCUAUCAGGAACAUCGUCAUUGGUCUUGGUCGGCUCCAGCUCGUCAACACGUACGCUAGAACACCGCCACUUGUAUGGAAGCUGGGCUGGGCUCCCUCCCCCUCAGGAGAUCUGAAGACGAAACUACCUCCAUUACCUGUGGACUUUCUACAGGAGAAAGAAGUCUUGAGGGAAUUUGUUUUGCGGGUCAACACGCUCGGCUGGGUGAGUCGGCAGCAGUUUGAGGAGACGUGGAUGAGUCUGCUAGCACUACUCAACCCUGUGUCAGGGGGCAUGGAUCUAACUCAUGAGGAGGAGGUGGAUCGCAGCCAGGUGAUGGUGAUCUCGGUGAAGGCCAUCACGGCCCUCCUUCUGCAGUCCAUCCUCAUCCCAUUUGCUGGCAACCCUGGCAACAGCAUGUUCGAGGUCCAGCCCAGGGACAAGCCUCUGGCCUUCCUGCAUACACGGUGUGGCAAGAAACUGUCAAUGAUCCGGGGUCUGAUAGAGCAAGAGAUCCAGAAUCUGUGUGCUGCCAGACCAGAUCGGCAGUCUCACCAUGCGUAUGCUGGUUACCGUCGACGGACAGACUCUCUACACUGUGAUCUAUUUGAGGACAAUCUGGAACGUCAGACGGGGAUGGAAGACUUUGGUCAAGGACAGAUCUCCCUGGAAGCUAUCUGGUCAGUGGUGGGGACACUUGAAACCAACAUGUCCGAGUCCGACACGACGGACUCCAUGGACAGUCCGCUCCAGGAGCAGGUGCGAGCCAACAUUCCACUGUCUCCCAUCAAGUCCCAGGAGAGAUCCAUCACCCUGAGCGGCCUGGACAUCCACUCCUGCCUCCAGUUCCUGCUGGAGCUUUACACACCCUGGCUGGCCUGUGACUCCAACUCCAGGCCACCUCUCAUGCUCAUCAACGCCGUUGUGGAGUCGAUCGUGUGUCUGUCUGACCUGUUCAUGGAGCGGGAGCAGUUUGAACUGAUGCUGGACACACUGCUGGAUGUCCACAAGACACACCCCUCGGAGGAUGAGCUGGUCACCCAGUAUCUCAAUGUCGGCAUCUGUAAAGCUGUUGCUGUGGUCGGUGCAGACAGCUCUGUAGCUGAGAGAGUUGUGAAGCUUAUUGAUGUGGGUCUGAAGAGCACACACCUCCCCAGUAAAGUCUCCACGUUACAUGGCAUGCUUUAUUUAUUAGAGGCUAACAUUGCUGAUCUCACCAAGAGUAUUCUCCCUUUAGUCACAGACUUCCUGCUCAAGCAUCUGUCGGCAGUCAGCAAUGCCUGCAUCACAAGUCAACAGUUUGAACUGACAAUGUGGGCCGUCGCAUUUUACGUGCUGGAGAACUACCACGACGACCUCCGUGAUGCAGAGUUCCCAAGCAAAAUGCUUACGCUUGCUGUGAGCACAGCGUCGGGGAGUGAGGACAGUGUCUCGACUGCCGUGUUCCUCACGAUCAUGAAGGGGACAGAACGCCUCCUGUUGACGGACGUCCUCUCUCGGGGCGACAUGGAGACCAUUAUGAAGUUGAGCAUGGACAGGCUGUGUCUGCCGAGUCCACAGAGGGCGCUGGCAGCACUGGGGCUGAUGUUCACCUGUAUGUACUCUGGCAAGCAGUUUGAUCAGUACAGCCCCCGUCCUCGUGACGAGAUGGAGCCAAUAUUCUCAGACAACGGCUUCUCCUUCGUGUACCAGGACCCAGAAUCUCUCAUCCUGGCCAUGGAGAGGGUUACAGUACUCUUUGACAGAAUAAAGAAAGGCUACCCAUACGAGGCCCGGGUGAUUACGCGUCUCCUCCCAGCAUUCCUAGCGGACUUCUUCCCACCACAAGACAUCAUGAACAAAGUGAUCGGGGAGUUCCUCUCCAGCCAACAACCCUACCCACAGCUCAUUGCCAAAGUCGUCUUUCAGGUAUUCAACAACUUGCAUCAGCAGAACCAGCAGAGUCUGGUGAGGGACUGGGUGAUGUUGUCGCUCUCCAACUUCACUCAGCGAUCACCUGUUGCCAUGGCAAUGUGGAGUCUCACCUGUUUCUUCAUAAGUGCCUCCACCAAUCAGUGGCUCAAAGCAUUAUUUCCACAUGUGAUUGGUCGGAUGGGUAAGAUGGAGACGAUAGACAGGAAGUUGUUCUGUCUUUCAGCCCUGGACUUUAAAAGUCAGCUGACCGAGGAUCUCCACGUGUUCGUGUCGACAUUCCAGGCUGUGGCACAGCCCGACUCCCCUUACCAGGAUCUUGUCAACUGCCUCACAUAGUACCUUGAGGCCAUGCCACAGCCCAACUUGUGGUACCAGGAUCUUGUCAACUGCCCUGCGUAACACCCCCAGGCCGUGGCACAGCCUGACUCACAGUUCCAGGAUCUUGUCAACUGCCUCAUAUAGCACCCCAAGGCCAUGGCACAGCCCGACUCAAGGUACUAGGAUCCUCCACUGCCCCGCGUAACACCCCCAGGCCGUGGCACAGCUGAUUCACAGUUCCAGGAUCUUGUCAACUGCCUCACAUAGCACCCCCAGACUGUGGCACAGCCCGACUCACAGUUCCAGGAUCUUGUCAACUGCCCCGCGUAACACCCCCAGGCCGUGGCACAGCCCGACUCACAGUUCCAGGAUCUUGUCAACUGCCCCGCGUAACACCCCCAGGCCGUGGCACAGCCAACCCAUGGUACCACGAUCUUGUCAACUGCCUCACAUAGCCCCUCACAUUGUUUCAAGCAUUUAGUGUCAAGUUAUCAAUGACUCCUUGCCAAACGUUAAUGCAUAUUCAUGCUGUAGCAUUUGUGUUGUCUUUGUAGCCAUUUAUUUAUAUUUUUGUAGUGGAACAAAGCUUAAUGUGAUAUCAAACUAGUGUUUCUGGUGGCCUAGUUAUUGUGCAUGGCAGGGUGACUAGAAUCACGGACCAGAGACAUGAGGGGGAGGGUUAGUAUCAAGUUUAAAGAAUGUCAUGGCAAAAAAUGAACAGUUGUUUGGAGGGUAAAAUAUUGAUAUUAUGUAUACAAGUUUUACAACAAGUUACACUGUUAUUUCAACAUAACGGGAACGGACAAGACUGUUGUGAGGGUAGCCCGAAAAUGGGCACAGAGUUAGUGAGGUCAGAUAGUACCAUAUGCAUGUGUGACAAGUCUAGGCCCCCUCAACCUCUGUAAUCAUGGGAAUGAAUAUCAUAUGCCAUGUGAGAGUUAGUUGAUGGAGCUCUGAAUGUAAGAAAUAAACGGAAUGUAACUUAGAAAGGAAUGGUGGCAGUGUUUUAUUGAUUAAUAAGAUUCAAGACUCUUGACUAGGACUUCCCAGAUGCCAUGGUACAGAUGGUUGAUUGAGGUAAUGUGUCAAAAGCAGCCCUGAAUAUAAGAAAUAACAAAAUGUAACUUGAAAAGAAAUGGUGGUAGUGUUUUAUUGAUUAAUGAGAUUCAAAACACUCUUGGCUAGGAUUUCCCAGAUGCCAUGGUACUAGACGGAAUGAUGCAGUGGUUUAUUGACUAGUGUGAUAUCAAGGCUGGUUCAUGGCAAGGACGUCCCACAUAUAGUCAGUAUUGGGACUCCUUCAUUACUAGAUACAGCAUGCUAGCCAGGCAGUCUGUUUUGGUCUGGAUACCAGAGUAUUUUGCACUCAUCAUGACCAAUAACUUGUCUUAUAUUUGAUGUUAUAUUUGAUGUGUUUUAACUGUAGGCAUGAGAUUGCUGUUGUUGCAUAUCAUAUUACUAUGAUUUUCACUAAAACAGCUUGAAGUCAGUAAUGGAACAUGACAGUACUAUUAUAACACUUGACAAACAAUCAAAGUCCAUGUAAAUAUCAACAUAAUGUUGUUUGUUGAAAAAAUUCUCUCAGUGUCAUUGUCAUAACUUCACGCAUCACUUUGUCCCUGGCCCCCGUGAAUACAUACAGCUGGCACAGUGUUUCAGCUGUGACGUGCAUCGUUUUAAGUUGGGUAAUGAAAUGAAGCAGUGUGGAACACACGCAAGUCAAAUGACCCUACUCAGUGCAGGAACUUUGUGUGAACAAACCACUUCCUGUUAUAGAAGCAGGGACGGACGGGUAGCCUUGUGGUUGAAACGUUCACUCGUCACACCCGGGUUCGAUUCCCCACAUGGGUACGAUGCGUAAGCCCAUUUCUAGUGUUCCAUUUCUGGAAUAUUGCUUAAAGCGGCGUAAAACCAUACUCACUCAGGUACAGAAGCCAUGUGUUGAGUAACUGACUGCAAGGUUAGGUCACACGUUGCAGAACAAAUAUUGUCCAGGUAAUCUGAGCAUUCAUUAGGUUCAGCACUUGAAUGUUUUCCUCUUGAUGAAACUGGGCCGUGGCUUGAUAUAUUUCAUAGUGGCCAAAUGUAUGGUGAUGGAGGAAGGUGGUAUAUAUACAGAAGUUUAUCUAGGAUUCCAAAGUAAGUGCCCUUGUUAGAAAAUUGGAAAAAUUUGUGAUAUAUUCAAGGCUUAUAAAAAUAAAAGAAAUGGUUCUCGGGCGAUGACUUUUGAAAAUAUAGUGCGGGCGGGCGGGCGGUGUUUUUUUUCCGUCUUGUUCAAACUAUAUGUAGUAUGUAACCAAUAAACUGUUGUGUACCAUCAACCUUAGAAAGCGCCUCCCUACAUAAACAAGCAUACAAACUCCUAUUGCUGCCAUGACCAUAACACGAGAUGCGCAGUAAAGCAGUGCACAUGUAAAGGGAAGUAACUACAUGCUAUAUUGAAUCACAUUGUUUUAAGUAUAAGGACUUUUAUAGUUUGUUUUUUUUAAAAUGGAAAUAAAAACGAAAUGUGCAGCAGACUUUAUGAUGCGGUGCCUGAGAACCAAGACUUUUUUUUUUGAGCCCAAAAUUUUCGACUGUUCUAAAUUUCAUCAAUUCUAAGGAAUUCAAAUUGGGAAUUAUUACGCUCAUUUACUGCAGACUUGCUGCCAAAUAUCGGCCGCUGAGCAGGUAUAGAUAAAUCCCUGGUAUGUAAUAACACUGACAAUGACAGGUUGGAUGACUUCUCAGAGCUAUUCACGCCUUCUGCAGAGGAAGACUUUAACUAUCUUCUAUAUUAACUGGUCUAUGCAGAAGGAGUCUCUGUUACAGAGAGUGAAGUCAGUGUUGAUGUCACUUUUAGAUGCUGAUGUGGGGAAUAACUUUUUUCUCAAAUUGAUCUCAGAGAACAAGAACAGGUAUCUCAAGGUGUAUGAGAACUGAGUGUAAAUGUACAUGUUGAUGUAUUUUUAUGGAGAUGUGUGCAAGCUUGAGAGUUUUGAUCCAUGUGUUAAUGUUACAAAGGUGGAUGUACAGAAGUGAUAUUUCAAUAUGAUUCCAGGGAGUGCUGUGACUUCUAUAGCAGUUUGGAAAGUGCAUAAUAAUUAUCUCUUCUGUAGCUGAAAUAUUGCUGAUGGAGCAAUAGCGAACAUCACUCUUCCUGAAACUGAAACAUGAAGAAAGAAAGAUUUAGUAUGUAACCUUGUAAUGCUGAAGAUGCAGAGGUUAGAGUUCAAAACAAGCUAAAGGGGGCGUCUUCAUGCAAAUUAAACACUUCCAUUGUUAAAGUACUGUAGCUUCAUUUCAAGGCUUGUUAUUGAUUUUGCUGAAACAUAAAUGUUCAUCACUGUCUUAGCUUGGAAACAAUGUGUUAUAAGCUGUAAUUGUACAUGUUUGUUGCAUUGUAAUGUCAGGGUCAUAUACACAUUGUACCCAUGUCUCAUCCAAUCAGAGGGCUCUUUUAGGAUGGUGUUGUGUAAAACCAUAUUCACUCACUCACUCACUAAUUGACUAAAAAUGUUAGUUUUCUACCGCUGUGAGUUGCAGAUGGGCCAGUUGGUGGUGAUAGUUGGAGUGUUGUGAUUGGCUAGUCUGACUAUGAACUGUGUUGUGAAGGAAGCAGCCUAGGUAAUCUGAUUUCAUGAUGAAAUGUGAUGUAAUUUUACAAAGUUUCCCUUUGGGUAUGUAUUGCAACAUUUACUGAAACUUCGCAGUGUUGGAACAAUUCCUGUAUCAUAUUCAGGGUAUUUAUCUCUUUAAUGCAAUGACAAAACAUGUAUGCUGCGGCAAUCUCAGAAUAACCUUGAAAGGUCCUGCCAUUAUUGGCAUGGGGACUGGGGCCAAUCAGGUAGAUUUACCAUCACACGGACAGGUUCAGGGGAUUGAUGGAUCCUGAAUGUACAGGGUAAACAGGGUUACUAAUAUAUACAAACAGUCAUUUCAUUAUGAGGUUAUUGAUAAUAUUUGUGAUAACAUUUCCUUGCGACUGGGCAAGCUUUCUGAGGGUCAUGAAAAACUGACAAAAUUUGGCAAAUUAUCUAUUUUCGUAUCCUUGUUGGAAAUCAUUCUCAGGCCCACUAUUGGUAUUUUCUCCAUCUUGUUACUAUCUUCAUCGAUACCGGAGCAUGGUAUUUGUUUCAGCGUCACUGUGUGUGAGUCAUGCAUAAUCCCUGCACCACUGCAGAUGACGUGUGUAUGUAGGGUGGUGGGAGUAUUGCGUGACCAUUACUUCAUGAAUGGCUAUGAACAACUACUUUCGUCAAAAGCAUCCUAAGCCGUGAUGAUUCCUGGUUAGAAUUGGUCCUAGCAUCCUAUGCUGGAAAGGGUGGUCAGGCUCAGUGACUUGGUUGAUGACAUGUCAACUUACCCCAAUGGCAUGGAUUGUUGCUCAUUAUGUCAAUCACUGGAUUUUCUGGUCCAACUUGAUUAUUUACUGGCUGCUGUUGUAUAGCUGGAAUAUUACUGAGUGCAGUGUUUAAUAUAACACAACGGGGCCCCAUUUGACAGAGUAAUCUAUGGCUUGGUAGGAAAGUUCCAAUAAUCAUAGCACUACAGGAGAAAGCUGUCACAAUUGUUGCUUUAUCAAAUUGUUUUGGAGAUUGUUUUCAGGAAAUUAUGUUGCUUGCUCCAUGUUCAUAAAUAUUAAUCAGAUCAUCUUUGAGUAAAUAAAUUUUUAACAAUCAGCUAUUGCCAAUCACAUCACAAGAAUUUCAUCACAUCACAGACUCGUAAUCUCCCCCAGACAAUGUGUAACCAUAAUUGUUUUCAGUCAUAUUUCUGUUUUAUGUAAAAGUUGUCACACGAUAUCCAUUUGUAUGAUGUUUUAAUGAGGUAUUGUUCUAAACAUGAUUGCAUUAUUCCAGAUUAAAGGAUUGUAUCAGUGUAAAAACUUACUGGGCAUCACAUUAACCUCUUUGCUGCUUUUGUCCAUCUUCCACUAUCUAGGGUAUUAUAUCUCCAUCAUAUUAGGAUUAAUACCCAGGACCAUUCAUUACUGAAAUACACACUGCUAACAAUAGCCACCCAAUCAGAUGGCUGUGAUGCCAAGUUGGAGAUGGAAACAUGAUCAGGUGAUCAGGCUCGCUGACUAGAUUCAUGCAUGUCAUUGUAUCCAAAUUUGCGUGGAUCAUGCUCAUGAUAUCAAUCACUGGAUUGUCUGGUCCAGACUUAAUUAUUUACAGCACAUUGUCUUAAAGCUGAGGAGGAGCGUCCGCCUGGAGAGCGGAAGGUCUGGGGUUCGAUCCCCGGUCGCGUCAUACCAAAAGACGUUAAAAGAUGGUACUUGUUGUUACCCUGUCUGGUGCUCAGCAUUAAGGGGCUAAAACAAG